CACGCCAGUGGCGACAGGGGAGAGUUGGAAAGACGCAGGAGAGAAGCGGGAGGCAGGCGGCGCGGGGCGGGCGCCCUGGGCGCGGGGAGCGGGCAGGUUUCCUCGCAAAUCACCCUCCGGCCUCACGUCGCCUCGCCGGCCCCGGCAGGGGAGCGAGGAGCCGGGCGAGCAGAUGGAGGAGUGGAGCUCGCUCUAGGCAGCGGGCUUGGCCAGAGAAUGGAGGAGCCGCCGAGCUACCGGCUGAUUGGAAGAGAAACGCAGAGCGAUGGAGGCGGGGGUAGGAGGACGAUUUCUCUGCGGGGACUGGCGGCGGCGUAUACGCCCGGGUCGGGCGCUGCAGAGCUUGGCUGGCUUUCAACCCGUGCUCGCCGGCUCCAGCCCGCGCGCCCCCACCCCCAGCCUCGCGGCGGCCCCGCAGGGUGAGGUGGCUUUGAUCCCGGGGUGCCCGGCCAGCACGACCGAGGAGGUGGCUGGACUGGCUGGACGGCUGGAGAAUGAACGGAGAGGCCGACUGUCCCACAGACCUGGAAAUGGCCGCCCCCAAAGGCCAAGACCGCUGGUCCCAGGAAGACAUGCUGACUUUGCUGGAAUGCAUGAAGAACAACCUUCCAUCGAAUGAUAGCUCCAAGUUCAAAACCACCGAGUCGCAUAUGGACUGGGAAAAAGUAGCAUUUAAAGACUUUUCUGGAGACAUGUGCAAGCAUAAGUGGGUGGAGAUUUCUAAUGAGGUGAGAAAAUUCCGCACGUUGACAGAACUAAUUCUUGAUGCUCAGGAACAUGUCAAAAAUCCUUACAAGGGCAAAAAGCUCAAGAAACACCCAGACUUUCCAAAGAAGCCCUUGACCCCCUACUUCCGCUUUUUCAUGGAGAAGCGGGCCAAGUAUGCUAAACUCCAUCCUGAGAUGAGCAACCUGGACCUAACCAAGAUUCUAUCCAAGAAAUAUAAGGAGCUGCCAGAGAAGAAGAAGAUGAAAUAUAUUCAGGACUUCCAGAGAGAGAAACAGGAGUUCGAGCGAAAUCUGGCCCGUUUCAGGGAGGAUCACCCAGACCUAAUCCAGAAUGCCAAGAAGUCGGACAUCCCCGAGAAACCCAAAACCCCCCAGCAGCUGUGGUACACCCAUGAGAAGAAGGUGUAUCUCAAAGUUCGGCCAGAUGCCACUACGAAGGAGGUGAAGGACUCCCUGGGGAAGCAGUGGUCUCAGCUCUCGGACAAAAAGAGGCUGAAAUGGAUUCAUAAGGCCCUGGAGCAGCGGAAGGAGUACGAGGAGAUUAUGCGAGACUAUAUCCAGAAGCACCCCGAACUGAACAUCAGUGAGGAGGGCAUCACCAAGUCCACCCUCACCAAGGCCGAACGCCAGCUCAAGGACAAGUUUGAUGGGCGACCCACCAAGCCACCUCCGAACAGCUACUCACUGUAUUGCGCAGAGCUGAUGGCCAACAUGAAGGAUGUGCCCAGCACAGAGCGCAUGGUGCUAUGCAGUCAGCAGUGGAAGCUACUUUCUCAGAAGGAGAAGGACGCCUAUCACAAGAAAUGCGACCAGAAAAAGAAAGAUUACGAGGUGGAAUUGCUCCGUUUUCUAGAGAGCCUGCCCGAGGAGGAGCAGCAGCGCGUCCUAGGGGAGGAGAAAAUGUUGAACAUCAACAAGAAGCAAGCCACCAGCCCUGCCUCCAAGAAGCCCUCCCAGGAAGGGGGCAAGGGUGGCUCAGAGAAGCCCAAGCGACCCGUAUCAGCCAUGUUCAUCUUCUCUGAAGAGAAGCGGCGGCAGCUGCAGGAGGAACGGCCGGAACUCUCAGAGAGCGAGCUGACCCGCUUGCUGGCCCGCAUGUGGAACGACUUGUCAGAGAAGAAGAAGGCCAAGUACAAGGCCCGCGAAGCAGCACUGAAGGCCCAGUCAGAGAGGAAGCCAGGUGGGGAGCGUGAAGACCGGGGCAAACUGCCAGAGUCACCCAAGAGAGCCGAGGAGAUCUGGCAACAAAGCGUCAUUGGCGACUACCUGGCCCGCUUCAAGAAUGACCGGGUGAAGGCCUUGAAAGCCAUGGAGAUGACAUGGAACAACAUGGAGAAGAAGGAGAAACUGAUGUGGAUUAAGAAGGCAGCUGAAGACCAAAAGCGAUAUGAGAGAGAGCUGAGUGAGAUGCGGGCACCGCCUGCUGCUGCAAACUCAUCCAAGAAAAUGAAGUUCCAAGGAGAACCCAAGAAGCCUCCCAUGAAUGGUUACCAGAAGUUCUCUCAGGAGCUGCUUUCCAACGGUGAGCUAAACCACCUGCCACUGAAGGAGCGCAUGGUAGAAAUCGGCAGCCGCUGGCAGCGCAUCUCCCAAAGCCAGAAGGAUCACUACAAAAAGCUGGCCGAGGAUCAGCAGAAGCAGUACAAGGUGCACCUGGACAUCUGGGUCAAGAGUCUGUCUCCCCAGGACCGUGCAGCGUAUAAAGAGUACAUCUCCAAUAAACGUAAGAGUCUGACCAAGCUUCGAGGUCCGAACCCCAAGUCCAGCCGGACUACCUUACAGUCCAAGUCGGAGUCCGAGGAGGAUGACGAGGAGGACGACGAGGAGGACGACGAGGAGGAGGACGAGGAGGAGGACGGGGAUGGGGACUCCUCCGAGGACGGCGGGGACUCCUCCGAGUCCAGCAGCGAAGACGAGAGCGAGGACGGGGAUGAGAACGAGGAGGACGACGAAGACGACGACGAGGAGGACGACGACGACGACGACGAGGACAACGAGUCGGAGGGCAGCAGCUCCAGCUCCUCCUCCUCGGACUCCUCGGAGUCGGACUCCAACUGAGGCUCGCCCCACCGGGGCUCCCCCCACUGAUCACCUUUGUUUCCCCCCCAUGUUCUGUCCCCCGCCCCCUAGGCUCCCCCACUUUCUUUCUUUCUUU